AAUGUGUACAAUAAUCACAAUAAUCCAUCCAUAAUCAAAAUCUUUUAAUUAAAUAUGAUACAAAUUUCAUGUAAAAUAUGAGAAAGAAGUCAUGCCACAAAACGUCAAUACGACUGAAGAAUCCAACCGUUUGAUUGUAUUUGGUGCCAACAACUAGGUACCUGAAAUGAUGCCGCGACCAAGAUCAAGAAGCUCUGAGUUCUCGUGGUCACCGCGCCUCGAUGAUUCCAUAGAAAGGGAGGCUUACGAAGGCGGUAUUGACAUGUGCCGAAUAAUAAAAUGUGUGUUUCUAAUGUCCCUCUUUCUGGUUGUCUUUAUUGUGUCAACAAAAAACAACCCAAGCCUUCAGAAUCUUGUAGAAUGUGAGGAUAUAGUUCCUGAUAUCCAGUGUAUUCUGUGCAAUAUGUACCUUUGCCUGUUACAUAUAUUGCUGAAGUUGAUGGCAUUAGUGGAACUCUUCUGUAAAUGUUUACUAAAUGUUUUCAACUGUAUCAAAAUUGAGAUUACGCGAGUAAUACAACAAACACAUUGUGAAUGCCCUACGAGUUGUUUCAAAAGUGCCUCCAAAAUGAUAUCAAGGAAAACAUGACAAACUGAUGGAACAUAAAAUAUCCACUGCAAAAUGCAUUCCGGUGAUUGUGAAUAUAAUAACUUUUUUAAUUUAUAUAAUAUAAUAUUUUUAUAUUGUUUUAACUAUUUUGACUGCCAC